UCGGGAGCUCGGAUCUUUGUGGAGUUUGCGCAAGGUCUUUAAAUGGGGGAUCAUAGAACAAACAGGUAUUCUUUCUACACAACAAAAAGCACCAGUUGAGGAAUGUCACAGGCAAUCGACGACCUCAAUCUACUGGACAUAGACGAUUCGGACGAGGUGGUGGACCCGGUAGACUUUGAUGGGCCGGCUAAAGAGUAUGAACUGCCCAGUGUGGACUCAUUGCCAUCUACUAAAUUGACUAGAAAGCAUCUUUCGCAAACCGAUGCGAGCUCGAUUAUCGGGGGAGAUUCGGUCGAUGAAGUCGGAAUUCAAUUAAUUGAUGACGACGAUAUUUUGGAAGUGGAGGAGUAUGAUGGACCUAAGGGGACCACUGAGAAGCUCUCUGAUCCAAUCAAGAAGAAGACAAUAGGUGUCAAGGCGACCCAGAAGGUGUUUCUGUUCUCGUUGCCAUUUGGAGGACUUUCUAACAUCCGGUCGAAUUUGUAUAGACAAGUGCAAUCAUUCCGGGCACAGAGUAGUAUCCCAUUGAUCCAUAGUCCCACUGCCGCAGCUGCCGCAGCAGCUGCAGCUUCUACGGGGAAGGUCACUGGAUCUCUGAACCCUGACUAUGACGAAAUAAACCUCAAAUUGAAACGACUGCAGUCAUUGAACACCAUCCAAGAAGAGGCUCUCUUCCGGAAUUACCGGGGAAGUGAUGACGCCAGACUCCGGGCCAUGAGACAAUCAAUUGCAGCCAGUGUCAAUGGCAUGGUGCAUCCGAUCCGGAAACGCGAGAAGCCAUGGGAAACCGCCUUCAAUGAACUAGAUGGGAACGUGAUCAUCUUGGGGGGAUACCGUGGAUCGGUGCUCCGGGACGCGCGCACCCACAAACGUGUGUGGAUCCCGAUCAAGGCCGGGUUCAACCUCCGUAAGGUUAAUCUCUUGUUGGGACCGACCAAGCAAGACGAAUUAGAGGCAUCUAAAUUCAUCUAUCCGGACGGAAUUUUGAAGAAUGUAGGCCCCAUGGAUAUUGCCAAACGUCUCAUCAAGAAAAUCACUUCCAAUCCAAAAGUCAACUUCAAUGACUUUGGGUACGAUUGGCGACUUUCAGGAGAAGUGGUGUCCCGCCAGUUAGAACAAUACAUGGAUGAUAUAUACUGUAAGACCCAGCAACCGAGUCUUGUUAUUGCCCAUUCGAUGGGUGGUAUGAUGGCCCAUUCGGUGAUGCAACGCCGUCCCGAGCUUUUCCGCGGGAUUGUUUACGUCGGAUGUCCUUCGGAAUGUCUCAAUGUGUUGGGCCCCAUCCGAUUUGGAGACACCGUCGGGUUCCUGGACCGGAUCUUGACCCCGGAAACGAAUUUCAUGAUGAGAUCCGGGUUCAAUUUCUUGCCCUUGAGUGGGAAAGUGUUUGUCAACAAGACAACCAAGGAGCUGUAUGACUUGGACUAUUUUGAUCCAGACACUUGGGUUGAGUAUGAUCUUAACCCGUUGGUUAGUAGGCGGCGUAGAGAUGAAGCAGCAGCUGGCGGUGGGGCUGCCACGACGGCUAGCAUAAUGAAUAGAACCGAUCUGGGGUUCCUUCUGCUUUCUGAUUCCAUUUCACUCCCAAGUAUAAAUAGCAUCAGUAGUAAGAUCAAGAGCUAUCGUAGAAAGAAACCCACGUCACUUGGCAUUUCAGGCUCUUCAACUCCAUCCUCUUCAGCUCCAUCCAAUGGAAGUGGAUCUGGAGCAGCUGGCUCCAAAAGUCAUGCCGGUGCAGGUGGACCUCCAGUGGGGAGUUCACCUAGUGGACCACCAGCCGCUUCAGAAAAUCCAAACUUUUCUAUCUCACCAAUAGCUCCUGGUCCACAAGACCAAUCUAGGGCCAUUUGGGCACGUUCUCCAACGUCUCCUGAACCCACUGACAAAUCCUUCCUUUCACCAUCUUCUCCAGGACAGACUGAUGCGUCGCUUUCACCGAAAAGAUCCACUUCAAAAUCUCCAGAAAUCACUGAAGAUGACGAUUUCAUCUCUGAAUCAUACUCCAUUCUGUUCCAACAGGCAUACGAUUACCUUAAGGAAGCCUUGGCCAGUGCUAAAAAGUUCGUUCUUGGCUUGGAAUACAAGCCAGAGUUGGAGUCCAAGUACCCACCGCUUGCCGUGGUGUACGGCAACCAAGUGCCCUCGGUGCGUGGGUCUCAUGUAGAUAGCAUUCAAGACAUCAAGGACGGGAACUACUACCACUUCUACUACGGCCAUGGUGACGGGGUCAUCCACCAGAAGUGGCUCAUGCCCGAGACCAGAGGGUUCCAAUUCUAUGACCGAGAAACCGGCGAGGGCCAGAUCGUGGGGAAGUUUGCCAGUGCUGCGGGACACGUCAACUUGAUGACUGACUUACGAGCCAUUGGGAACGCAUUGAAUUCGAUUUUAGAGGCCGAGGGGAAUUGGAAGAUUGGCAAGAGUGUUCGGGCCAAGGCUAGUAAGACGGAAGAGUCACUCAAUGGCACCAGCUCUGUCCCAACUGCUUCUUCUACAGUCGAGGUUUCCACCACAAACUAAACAAAACGCGUCAACAAACUGGGCGCCAGCUUAUGACUUAUACUUAUGAUUAUGUCCACUUGCAUGGACAAACCAGUUCUAGAACUGUUUCUUGAUAUAGCUUUAUAUUAUGUACAUAUUGAUAACGAGUAGGUAUCGUAGA